CUUAUUUAUAGGUUAUCAAAGAUUAGAGAGGUUAUUACUAUUCAGAUAAACGUUGCGUGCUAUUAUUAAAAAAAAAAAGUUGUGAUACAAUUUAAAAUGAACUCAAGCGAAUCAGAAUUGAGCGACAGCGAUGUAGAGCUUCAGAAUGCUUUUGCUGAAGGUAGACUCAAACCAGGAUUAAAUAUCGUAGAGGAAGCCCCAAAAAAAUUCGUCAAUAAUGUGGCUGGACUUCGUCAAAAAUUACAAGAAUUUAAAUUAAACCUUAAAUGGAUUGAGGUUCUUGAUUGUGUAAGCCAGCAAGCUCCGCUUGCACCGGAAUUAGCAGCUCGAAUGUAUACUGAAGAACAAAAAAGGGAAAACCAGCUGAAAAAUAAUAAAAAACUUGCCCAGUACAGUGCAGAGGACGAUCCAGUGUUGAAUGAUUUCAAGCGAGAGACUACAUUUUAUAGGCAAGCACAAUCUACUGUUAUGGAAGCAAUGCCACGUCUGAAAUCUCUUGGGGUAGCAACAUUAAGACCAGAUGACUAUUUUGCUGAAAUGGCCAAAUCAGAUGAGCAAAUGCAAAAAAUCAGACAUGCAUUAGUUAAGAAACAAGCGCAACAAAAACAGAGUGAAAGGGUGAAAGAGCUAAGACAACAAAAAAAAGAAGGUAAAAGGAUACAAAUAGAAAGGAAACUGCAGAAGCAGAAGGAAAAAAAAGAGAUGCUGGAAGAAGUCAAAAAAGUGAGGAAGGGAGUAAAAAAGGAUAUGGAUUUCCUAAACAGGAAAGGUCCAUCUAAAAAGGCUGUGGAAAAAAGAAAUCAAAAAGAUAAAAAAUUCGGUUUUGGUGGCAAGAAGAGGGGAAAAAAGAGCAACACACGUGAGAGUUCUUCGGAUUUCACGGACCACAAAUCAUUCAAAUCACACAAAGAUAAAGGAGGGAAGUCACUCAAGAAUAGAAGGUUGGGCAAAAAUCGUCGAAAACAAUCAAAAAAAUAAAGAAAUUUUGAAGUUCUAUGGUGGAAAUUUCAGUGAGUACUUGUGACUGAUUCAACUGUGAUUUGCCCUAGUUCUGAGGUUUGAAGCCUGAUACUUUGUGUAAAUUAUACAUAACAAUCUUUAUAAUACAAUAAUUAAAUUAA